AUGCUUAACGUAGCCAAAGAUUAUAUCAAAUUUCCAGCCAGUAUGGAGGAAAUCCAAGCCAUCAAGGAGCAAUUUUACAACAUUGCUGGUUUCCCCAAUGUCCUAGGAGCCAUUGAUUGUACACAUGUGGCCCUUGUACCACCUGCAGACUCAGAACACGUUUACCGCAACCGUAAAAUGUACAGGUCCAUUAACGUUCAAGUGUUAGUUGGUCCAAAUUUGCAAAUCCUGGACAUAGUACCUAAUUACCCAGGCUCGUGCCAUGAUUCAUUUAUUCUACAAGGCACGGAAUUAUUCAGAAGGUUUCAAAGAGGAGACUAUGGCGAUAGUCUUAUUCUUGGGGACAAUGGAUACCGCUUGUCAAGUUGGUUGAUGACACCAUACCUCAAUCCACGGACUCCGGCAGAACAGCGAUACAAUCUGGCUCACAAAAAUACGCGCUCAAUUGUGGAGCGGACAUUUGGCAUUUUAAAAAGUCGCUUCAGAUGCUUGGAUGUUAGUGGUGGAGCUCUGUUAUAUAAACCCAAGAUCGUGUGUCAAAUUAUUAUUGCCUGUGCCAUUUUACACAACAUUGCGAAUAAGCACAACAUUGAAACCCCCUUGGCAGAUGAUCUAAGGGCUGAAAUUCAAAUUAAUUUGGAUCAGAAUAUUCCCGCAGAUAAUGCUGGCCAGUUGUUAAGGCAGCACAUAACAAAUCAAUAUUUUGCGUAA